AGUAAAAGCAGCCGGCGCAAUGUCACACGAUUAUUUCGAUAAACACAAUCGCAAUCGACUAUAGUGUCGCGGGCAAACAACACACCUUUAUAAUGGUACACAUCCGGACGAUUUUGACGUUAUCCAUUGCGAUUUUGGCCGUCGACAAUGUGAUAGUAGAAGCUGGAAAAGGAACGGAAAACCGGAAAGCGAAUUUGUCCGAACGUGCCGAGGUACACAAGGAAACGUUAAGAUUACGAAAAGAUGAUUUAGAAAAAAAAUUUGGUUCAAUGACACAGUCGGUCAAGGAUCAACUAAUCCAAAUUAAUAACAUUAUAAUCAGCCAUAUCAUGGAUGAUAAAUCAUUUCCAAAGUAUUUGAAAAACGUGUUUUCGAUAUUAAAAAAAUAUGCAGUGACACAAAUUAAUACAAGAUAUGAAAAACUCAAAGAUAUUUAUAAAAAAUGGGAAAAAAAAAAUUUCCCAGAUAAGGCAAAGAAAGCUCAAGCUUUAAAAAUACUGGAGAAGCAAAAAAAAGAAAACAAAGCUUUACAAAAAAAGAAUGAAAAGAAUGAAAAGAAGCUACAGAAGAAGCGGUAAAAAGAAAAAGAAAUAAAAUAGGUAUCUUUUACCCAAAUAUUUAUACAUAUUUAUAAUUGCUAAUACAAUUCUAUAUGAUUUAAGUAAGUUUACAAUUAUUAAUCAAUUUUUUGUGUAAGACAAAAAUUAUUAAAAGUCAUGUAUUUGAGAAAUUUCAGUUUUUUUAUGGUUAUACCAUAUAAUUGAAUAAAAUGUAUUUAAAUUAUUAUGUACCUAUAUUUACUAAUAAUAAUAAACAAAUUAAUAUUA